UGCCCUGCUCCAUUUUUUCCUUCGCAGACCAAAAGAGCUUUUUGAGCACAAAGCGCGAAAGAAGAAGAAGAAGAAGAAGAAGAGAAAAAGCCCUAAUGAGCUUAGCUCGCUAUGCUAAAACCCUAGGUGUCCGCUAUUCUCACGCCCGAUUCAUCUCCUCCACCCCUUACCGCCUUGGAUGGGUCGACAAGAUCAAGGGCGUCUUCACGGGCAAACCCUCGUCCCCUUCUCCCGAUUCCUCUUCUUCCUCCUUCUCCCUCAAUGAUUUCGCCGAUCAGAUGGACAAAGCCAAGACAUUUGGGAUGCUGAAGAAGUUCGAGGUGGGGAGAUGCAGCGAGGCCACGAUUUCAGAGUCUUUUAGGAAACAGUCUUCGAUUCUGCGGUACCUCGGGUCCAUUGAUCCCGGUGGAGAGAAUCUUAAAACCAGCCACAAACAGGAUGCAGCGACACAUUGUAAUUGCACUAUUUCUGAGGUGGAAAAUACAUUGUCCAAGUACACAUGGGCCAAAGAGGCACAAAAAAAGAUGGAUAAAUUGAAGGAGGAAGGAAAGCCGGUGCCAAAAACCUUCACUGAGGUACAAAAAAUGAUGGGUUCGACUCCAUUGGAUGUUGCCAGAUCUAAUUUGAAAAGCAGUGGGAAAUUAGGUAGGAAUGCACCCUGUCCCUGCGGGUCUGGAAAGAGGUGCUGUGCCCCUGCUUGAGAUAAUGUAAUCCCUAUGCAAAGAUAUCCUGAGCUCUUCACAAUAUGCAAUCUUGGGAAGGCCUGAACCCAAGUUAACGCAGAGCUGAAGCUCGUCACUUCCUUUCAUCAGUUAGCAUUUCACAAACUUCACCCUCUUUUGAAAGUGAGGGCACCAAAUUUUCUUCCCGCAAAAAUGACAUCCAUUCAGUUUGUUGCAACUUGAAAUCAAACUUCUGAGGACUGUCGAAUAAUGCGAGGGAUUGUCUUUGUUAUUCCAAUUUGUUGCGAGUUUCUUCCUCUCAGUGCUGCAGGUCCACUAUUGUAAUCUUUUGGCAAUACCUGUUUUUUUGCAAUCAUUUUGGUUGCUGUACUUGAGUCUGGGCUUUCCUGUUGUGGAAGUGAACCCUGAAGCCAUAAUGCACAUAUUUAAUUGAACUCUGAAUCUUGUUUGCAAUUGAUGUUGCAUUUGGAUAAUCUAUGUAAGAUAUGCCAAAGCCAAUAAUAUUAAGCUAUAAUGCAACUGGGACAAACUUCAAGUUCA